CAACUGGGUCAAGCUCAGACCAUGCUGCGCGCCAAGGAGGCGGAGUGCAGCAUAGUGGCUCAGGAGCGCGACCGCCUGGUCAAGCAGCUAGCUGACCAGGAGAAGAGUCACUAGGCGUCCCUCCAGGCGGUGAAGAACAGCGAGGCCGCCCUCCAAGCCGAAUAUGAGACCCAGGUGGCAAACUGGGCCGAGUCGGAGCAGGCACCGAGCGAUGGCUAUGGCCAAAUCGAGGACAUGAUUGACGAGUACUUCCCUGGCCACUCUGUUGCCGCCAGCCAGGUCAUCAAGGCCCACCGCAAAGUGCAGAGGAAGGUUGGUGCUGAGGUUGCGCCGAAUGCUCAUCGGAAUCUUGAGGAGCAGCUCCUGGCCAUACAGGCCCGUCUUCAGCCGACCCACCGGAUGCUCCGCCGCCUUCAACAUGUCGGGGCCCAGGUGCUAUCCGCCCUCUGUCCUAACAUGCCGGCGCCGCGUACUCCCAGUCGGACCGCCGACUGGCUUGAAGUGGCCAUCGGUCGCCUUGAGGCGUGGAAGGUCUCUUCGGGCCGCGCAGGCGCCCGGCCAGCGUUGGAGUUCGUUAGGGCGCGGUAUCCUGGGCUGGAUCUAGCCUAGUUGGCCACAUUCCGGCAAGAGGCCAACAAGGAGCUGGUGGCAUUGAGGCCCGCCAUCAUUCAUUGUGAUGCAGUAAUUGCCGAGUACACCAACACUAGCGUCUUCGUCCCUGAGUUGAACGAAGACGGUGCUGAGGUGCCGGCAGACUUCUUCGGGCUGAACCCGGAGGACGGCGAGGACUCGACGGAGGAGAUCGACUUGAGCGACGAGGGUGAGGACGAGGACGGCGAAGACGAUGCACCGGAUGAUGGAGCAGACGGCCAGCCUCAGCCUGACCGUGCCUCCAGGUACAAGGCACGUGUGUACGUGCCGACUGCUGCUGGCGAUGAUCAAGCCAAGACUCGCCACCCGGCCACUCCACCAGCCAGCGCCGUCAUCUCAGCCGACCUGUCGGGCUCGCCUGUUGCUCCCUUGAUCUAAGCGGCCAGUUUUUAUCCUGCUUGUCAAUCUUUUGAACAAUGUCUUGUUAAAUAU